CUCUCUAGGACGGCAGUCUGUGUCAUCGGUGGCCCAGCGUUGGUCUACUAUGUCACACCGACGGAAGAGGAAUUAUUCAAAAAGUACAAUCCCGAUCUCCAACGGCGGGCAAUUCAAAACCGUCAGAAGCGAGAAGAGGAGUUCGAUAAGUUCGUGACGGACUUGAAGAAGCACUCAAAGUCGGACAAAACAAGUAAGUUGUUUCGGCAUCUAUGA